GCGGAGCCGCGAGUGGAGCGGAGCGGAGCGCAGGGAAUCGGCAGGAAGGGAAGGGGCUGGAUCCCGGCUCACCCAGCAGCUGGAACCUAACCAGCGGCAUGCACAGAUAGGGGAAGGGAAGGGGCAGCAGAGGAAAGAGAAACUGCGAGAGGAAAAGCCACGAAGGGCGUACGCACGGCGUUGUUUCGGGGAGGAGAGCUGCAGAGCUCACCUGGGCUCUGAAUCUGCUCCAUGCGAUUUGGUGGAGGAGGAGGAGGAGGAGAGUCGAGGGUGCCGAGAGGGCAAGCGGUCAAGACCCUCCUCCGGGCCUGGAGACUACUUUCGGAGAAGUUAAAACAUCGGAAGAGCUCUGGAAGUUCGUAACCUGGAAGCCUCCCCCCCGCCUGGUUUAGCUUGUGCGGUGCCGGCCGGCGAUUCAGCACCUUCGCGAGUGGAGAAGAGGGAGAGCCGGAGAGUAUCGGGGCGGAGGAGCCCCUGAGGAGCACUCCGGGCUGCAGCGACAGAGCUGAAAGUUAGAGAGCGUGGAGAAACCGCCCCGGGGGACGACAGAAAGAUCGCGGGGAGAGUGUCAGGGAGGUGACUGAGAGAGUGUUUUCAUGGCUCGUGUGUCAAGGCUGCACCUCGAGGGCGGCGACUUCGGGCUGCAGUAGAGUGGCCCGUUUCCUUUCAGUUUCCCCGGUGCGGCUGUGGGGCGACCUCUCUCCCAGUUUGCAGCCAGUUAUGGUCUGAGGCUGGCAUCAGGAGUCUGACUGCGGUGUGCCCUCAGGGAUUGCAGAGCUGGAGGAGGAGGAGGAGGGGCUCAAGGAUGGUAGCAGGGGGGCUGUGAAGGUCCGGUGCAGGUGGUCUGCAAGUUGAUCGGAGGCCAUUCACUGUGACUGUUCCCCUGUGCCCACUUGGCCAAGCCAGUGACCAUGCUGCGGGCGCACUGCUUCCUCCUGCUGGCACUGGCAGGGGUCGCUGCCUGCGCCUCCAAGGCCAUGGUUUGCCAGGUGAUCACGGUGCCCAUGUGCAGGGGGAUCGGCUACAACUUUACCUACAUGCCCAACCAGUUCAACCACGACUCGCAGGACGAGGCCGGGCUGGAGGUCCACCAGUUCUGGCCCCUGGUGGAGAUCCAGUGCUCGCCCGACCUGCGGUUCUUCCUGUGCAGCGUCUACACCCCCAUCUGCCUGGCGGACUACAAGAAGCCCCUACCACCGUGCCGCUCGGUCUGCGAGAGGGCCAAGGCUGGCUGCUCGCCCCUCAUGCGGCAGUACGGCUUCGCCUGGCCGGAGCGGAUGAGCUGCGCCAAGCUGCCCGUCCUGGGAGACCCUCUCAACCUGUGCAUGGACUACAACCGCAGCGAGACCACCACCCCGUCGCCCGCCUUCCGCAAACCCACCCUUGUGCCCAACAAGCCGCCCUCCUGGCCCCGCCCCGGGCACCAGCCGAGCGAAUGCCGUGGCAAGUGCCGGUGCAGGGAGCCUCUUGUUCAGAUCUCCAAAGAGAGUCACCCGCUCUACAACAAGAUCAAGACCGGCCAGGUGCCCAACUGUGCCAUCCCGUGCUACGAGCCCUACUUCAGUGAGGAUGAGAGGACAUUUGCCACCUUCUGGAUCGGGCUGUGGUGCAUCCUGUGCUUCCUGUCCACCUUCACCACCGUCUGCACCUUCCUGAUCGACAUGGAGCGCUUCAAGUACCCAGAGAGGCCCAUCAUCUUCCUGUCAGCCUGCUACCUCUUCGUGUCGGUGGGCUACAUCGUGCGGCUGGUUGCCGGCCACGCCAACGUCGCCUGCAACAAGGAGUACCACCACAUCCACUACGAGACCACCGGGCCCGCCCUGUGCACCCUGGUAUUCCUGCUCAUCUACUUCUUCGGCAUGGCCAGCUCCAUCUGGUGGGUCAUCCUGUCCUUCACCUGGUUCCUGGCAGCGGGCAUGAAGUGGGGCAAUGAAGCCAUCGCCGGCUAUUCCCAGUACUUCCACAUGGGGGCCUGGCUGAUUCCCAGCGUCAAGUCCAUCGCCGUGCUGGCGCUGAGCUCCGUGGACGGGGACCCAGUGGCGGGCAUCUGCUACGUCGGCAAUCAGAACCUGGACAACCUGCGCGGCUUUGUGCUGGCGCCGCUGGUGGUGUACCUCUUCACCGGCAGCAUGUUCCUCCUGGCCGGCUUUGUCUCGCUCUUCCGGAUCCGCAGCGUCAUCAAGCAAGGGGGCACCAAGACGGACAAGCUGGAGAAGCUGAUGAUCCGGAUCGGCAUCUUCACGGUGCUCUACACCGUGCCCGCUGCCAUCGUGGUGGCGUGCUUCGUCUAUGAGGAGCACUACCGGGAGCGUUGGGAGAGGGCGCUGAGCUGCUCCUGCCCGGGAGGCCAGCCCCAGCCUCGGCCUGAGUAUGCCAUCUUCAUGCUGAAGUACUUCAUGUGCCUGGUGGUGGGUAUCACCUCUGGGGUCUGGAUCUGGUCCGGGAAGACUCUGGAAUCCUGGAAGCGCUUUAGCAGUCGGUGUUGCCGGGCGAGGAAGUUGGCCAAUGAAGCUGUGUACAACGAGGCCAGUGCUGCCCUGACAGCAAGAACAGGAGUCACUGGCUCUGCUUCCUAUCACAAACACGUGCCGAUGUCACAUGUUUAACGCUCCCUGCUCAAAGGGUUUGCUUAUAUUGUAAAUAGAUAUAUAUAUACAUAUACAUAUAUAUAUAUAUAUAAUGAAAAAGUGCACCGAGGUAUUGUUGCCUCUUAUCUCAUGAGUCUUUUACACUGUCAACUUGGGGAUUUGAAUCAUUGUACAAUGCGCUAUUUUGUGGUAAGUGCAGGGUCGGUCACGUGUUGCUGUGCCAAGAGUGGCUGGGAUCUGGUCCAUUCCAAACCACAAACAGGAGGGAACGGGUAAACUCCCUGCCUACAUGAAAGAGGUGCACAUGUUGCAAGGGUUACAUUUUGCUUUUGCGGUGCUCGGUUUUAUUGGGAAGGUGUCUCUUUAGUGCGCACAGUUUCCAAAGCCCCGGGAGCUGUGUACCUCAACAGGACGU